AAUAAACACCUGCAGAGAUCCACAGGGAAGAAAUCUCACUGCUGCUCUGACUGUGGGAAGAGAUUCACCUCAUCAGGCAUUAAAAUUCAUCAGAGAAUCCACACAGGAGAGAAAUCUUAUAGCUGUGAUCAAUGUUGGAAGAGUUUUACUACAUCUGGGUCUCUGACUUUACACCAGAGAACACACACAGGAGAUAAACCUUAUAGCUGUGAUCAAUGUGGGAAGAGUUUUGCUCAAUCUAGCAAUCUGACAGUGCACCGAAGAAUACACACAGGAGAUAAACCUUAUAGCUGUGGUCAAUGUGGGAAGAGUUUUGGUCAUUCUAGCUAUCUGACAGUGCACCAGAGAAUACACACAGGUGAUAACCCUUAUAGCUGUGGUCAAUGUGGGAAGAGUUUUGGUCAUUCUAGCUAUCUGACAGUGCACCAGAGAAUACACACAGGAAAGAAACCUUACAACUGUGAUCAAUGUGGGAAGAGUUUUAUUACAUCUAACAUUCUGACUAUACACCAGAGAACACACACAGGAUAUAAACCUUAUAGCUGUGAUCAAUGUGGGAAGAGUUUUACUACAUCUGGCUCUCUGACUUUACACCAGAGAACACACACAGGAGAGAAACCUUAUAGCUGUGAUCAAUGUGGGAAGAGUUUUACUACAUCUGGCUCUCUGACUUUACACCAGAGAACACACACAGGAGAGAAACCUUAUAGCUGUGGUCAAUGUGGCAAGAGUUUUGUUCAAUAUGGCCAUCUGACAGUGCACCAGAGAAGACACACAGGAGAGAAAUCUCAUAGCUGUGACCAGAGAUAA